UAAACCACGACCUGAUGUCAGUGUACGACAGCGAGGUGCAGCUGAUUAUGGAAAACGGUCCUUCCUGACAGACGUUGAUGAGAAUCAGUCCGCAAAUGGAAGAGUUUGGGAGGAAGAAAACAGUAGGCAAAACAGAAAGGUCUGUGUCUUGGAUGUUUACAUUUCGGGUCAUUUAUCAAGGAAGUGUCGCCAGAGGAAAAGAUGCAAAAACUUGUUCCAAGUUUCACCCUCAUCUUUACACGGGGACAUCUAUAGACGAGAACAGCACCAGAUUACGGAGGAUGUGGAUAAGACAGCUGUGCCAAAGGAGAGUUCAUCAGGAACAACACUUAUGAAUCACUCAGGAGCAUCUAGUAAAAGUUCCAUGAUACUUCCAGUUUAUGUGUCACACAAAGAGAACACAGAUAAAGAGAGGUUAGUUUAUGCGCUUCUCGACACGCAAUCCGAUACAACCUUUAUUCUGGAGAAGACUUCAAGGGCCCUCGGACUUGCAGGUAGACCUGUGAAGCUGAUGCUUUCUACUAUGUAUGCAGAGAACAAGGCCAUAGAUAGCUGUAAGAUUGGAGGACUUGUUGUACGUGGUUUCAAUAGUGAACACAGGAUAACAUUACCGGAGACGUACACAAGAGCUAUCAUGCCUGCCAACAGAUCCCAUAUCCCAACACCUGAAGUUGCGAAAAGGUGGCCUCAUCUCGAGGCUAUUGCUGACGAACUUCUGCCUCUGACUGAUUGCGAAGUUGGGUUACUUAUUGGUUACAACUGUGUGAAGGCUUUGACGCCUAGAGAUGUUAUCGUUCCAUCCGAAGACGGACCUUAUGGUCAACGCACUGACUUGGGAUGGAGUGUAGUAGGCAUACUGGAGAAUGACAGUUCAACGGAAUGGGAUGAGGAUCCCAUAGGAAUUAGUCAUCGUAUUGUUGCGUGCGACUUGCCUACAGAACUGUGUUCAUCUAAAGUAUCAAGACAAGACCAUAUUGUAUUUUCGGUAAGGAACAAGAUAAAGGAAGUAAUCAACCCUGAAGAGGUAGUUAGGAUGCUUGAAGUGGAUUUCAGUGAGAACUUUAGCAGUUCAAAACAUGUUCCCUACGAAGACAGAAAAUUUCUGGAUAUCAUGGAAAAGGGGAUUCAUAAGCAUGAUGGGCAUUAUGAAGUGCCAUUGCCUUUCCGAGAAGCGAUGCCAUACCUGAGCAAUAAUAGAAACAUGGCAUUUCAGCGACUACAAAGCUUGCGGAAACGACUUGAGAAAGACGCACAGUAUAACGAGCAUUACGUUUCCUUUAUGAGAGAACUGAUAUCAAAUGGUUUUGCCGAAAGAGUGCCGAAGAAGGAAAUUGGUGUCGAUAGUGGUCAGGAGUGGUACAUCCCACACCAUGGCGUAUAUCAUCCGCAAAAACCAGGAAAGCUGCGUGUAGUCUUCGAUUGCAGUGCAAAGUAUAUGGGGCAGUCAUUGAAUGACCAUUUGCUGCAAGGACCUGACAUGAUGAAUAUGCUUUUUGGAGUUUUGUGUCGAUUUCGCAAAGAGCCAGUGGCCUUUGUUUGUGAUAUUGAGCAGAUGUUUCAUCAGUUCAAGGUGAAUGUUGAACAAAGAAAUUACUUACGAUUCUUGUGGUGGGGUGAUGGCAAUUUCAAUACGGAUCCUACUACUUACCGGAUGACUGUACAUCUAUUUGGAGCAGUAUCUUCUCCAGGAUGCGCCAACUUUGGCCUGAGACAAGCUGCCACAGACGGAGAGCUUCAGUUUGGGUCUGACGUUGGGAAUUUCAUCAAACGAGACUUCUAUGUUGACGACAGACUGAAGUCGGUAGCUACUCCAGAGGAAGCCAUUAGCAUCAGAGAGAGAAGCAAAGAGUUGUGCAGCAGAAGUGGUUUGAGGUUACACAAGUUCCUCUCAAACUCAAAAGAAGUUUUGGAGAGCAUUCCAGCUAAAGAAAGAGCAAAGGGACUAGCAGAUAUUGACAUACACCAUGACAAGCUUCCCAUGGAAAGAACUUUAGGUAUACAGUGGUGA